AUGGAAGGCAGAUUAAACGCCUAUUACGACUUCAUUCAUAACUAUUUCCCAAUUCUACCGCCUAGGGUAUCGCCACCCUUGCCCGAUGAACCAAUCGACAACCCUGCUCCGUAUGCUGCUUUCCCGCCCAAAAGCCCAGCGAUGCUCUAUGUACCUCAAUCCCCUCUGAGCCUUGCCGUAUCGGCAAUUCUGGCUUUGAUCCCACACCCCGAGGACCCGGAACCACUUUCUGAGAAGUCUGUGAUUCAACGGAGGGCAUAUGCACAUACAUUUGCUACUCUUGCAAGCUUGAAAGCCGAGGCAGAUUGGGAUUUCGAGUCAUCAUGUGAGCUUAGCCAAUCAUUGCCAACCCAAGAGCCUUCAAUUCCCCGAGGAAGAUUCCAUGAUCACACACCGGUAGAACUGGAAAGCCUUUUGGCUUUGUUGGUGCUUUCGGUCUACGAAUAUGCACAGAGGGGGAAUCUGUUGAAGAUGAAAUCCCGCGCUGGUCAAGCCUUGUCGAUUGCUAUGGGCAAAUCCCUCAAUCGUUGGAUGGUUGAAGAUGGAGAUUCGGAAGCCCGGCGAAGAGCCUGGUGGAUGACGUACUACUGCUUUGUCCAAUGCUCAAUUGUCAACUCAUCGCCGCUCACGAUUAACAUCAAUGACCCUGAAUUCAAAACUCCGUAUCCAAAGUUCUCGUCAGAUAAAGAGGGCUGGUCGAUCCUAAUUCAGACGCAGCAAUUGCUGGUAUCAGCCACUCAAUAUAUCACCGACCUCGAUAAAGCACUUUCGUCCCGCACAAACCUUGACCCUGUCUUCCAGGAAAUGCAAAGACUUGAUGCUUGGGCAAGAUUCAUACUCGCGCGAGUGGAUCAGCUUCCAACCCUCGCACGCGAGCCAGAUAGGAGCGAUUACAGCGAGAUUAUCACAGCCAAAAGCAUCCGCGCGAUGUCGCGAAUCAAAUUGAGCAGCGCCCGCAUAAAAAUCCACCGAUUCCGUGCCUUCUCCAAUAUUCCAAUCUUCAUAAAGAAGCAUUGCGAUCUGGCAGUCGCUUAUACAGACGAAUCGAACUCUCAUACAGAUGGAAAUGCCGUGGUAGCUCAGGCCGAGACCGAAGAUCCAUCAUGCGCAUGCAGCAGCCUAAAACCAUUCCAAGAUUCCUCGGCCGUCGAGUCAUCCUUCCAGCCUAGCAACUCAAAUGCAGAUUCUUCUGCCACGCAGAGACCAUUCUCGCUAAACUUUCCCUAUAGUUGUCAACACUCCACGAGUGUCUGUUACCAGGCCGCGAUUGUCAUUUCGAAAAUGUUUGAGAGUCUGCCCAUUCCACAUCCUCUACAAAAACCAUAUCAGCAGCAGCUAAAUCGCAGAAUACUUCCUCGAACAAUGCCAUCGUUUGCCUGUUGCCUCAUGCAAAGCAGCUACGCUAUGCUUAUGUUGUUCUAUAAAGCUCGAGUGGGUGUCGGGUUCUUUUCAGGACCGGAUGAAAAAGACACCGAAAGCUCCCUUGCAGAACACAUAAGUGAGCUACGGUAUGGUCUACGACGUACGAUCACUGCGGCUUCAAAUUACUCACAAGCGUUUGAAGCAUUGAACGGAAUGAGAGACGAAAUUCGUGGCGCAUAUGAAACUGCUUUCCCUGAAGACUUCAUGGGCGAAGGAGACGCCGCUGCUGUCUCUGGCGGAUAG